AGUGGCUUUUUUAGAAGGAAAUAAGGAUUAUUUGAUACUUUUGGCCAAGUCAAAAACUUUGAAGAAAUCAUCAUGUGCUGCGGACCCUGUGGACCUCGCUGCUGCGAUCCUUGUGGCGGCUGCUAUAACUGCUGCGUGGAACUCUGCUGUGUGCCCUGUACUCCAGCUUACAUUCAGUGCACCUUUAUGCCCUGCGGUCCUCGGGGUUGUUGCUAGUGCAUUAUUGGCCAAA